AAAAAAAAAAAAAAAAAAAGUCAACAUCACACCACCGCCAAGGCCGCUGUUCCAUUUAGCUAAAUAAAAAAGCUGAAAGCCCUUGGCCUAAAUUUUCACUGUUUAACACAGUCAUAAAGAGUUUGUAGCUAUUACUUUCAUUCCCAAGGACCCCUUUCAUGGAGGAGGGCUCCACUACCAUCACUUUAAGAUAAGAAAGGGUGCUAAAUAGCUAUUCUCAGAGGCCUCAAUCCUCUGUGCUGCAACAAAAACCGUCUCAGAUUGAGAUCACUCUGGCUAACAGGCUGCAGCCCUCGAUCCGGAGCAGAUGAAGUUUCGGGUGAUUGCAGCUAGGGGGAGAUCUAGGUUUACUGCUGAGCUGAAAAGAGCUGCCGUGUUGUCUUGGCGAGUGUCGUUGCUGCAGCAUGCCGGGCACAGGGCAAGAAAGGGGGAAGUGGGUAGACAGAAGAGCCCUGACUGUCAAAAACACAGCCCACUGCAGGGAGAGAGAUCAGGAGUGACUGGAAUGUUAGUGGCACAUGUCAGGCUGCUGUUUCUGAGUAAACACACACAAAUAUAAAAAUUCAUCAUGGGCCAGCUGUUGUCAUCAGAGGAAGACUUUUCUCAAGUGAAGGAUGUGAUUGGUUCCCUCCUCUAUGACGCCAUGUUGGAAGGCGGUGCUGUACCUGAGCUUGGAGUCGUCCACCCUCUCCUGCUGGCCAAUCACGAUGUCUCCCAGGCACACCUCCAGGAACAGCUACACCAGUUGCAGGAAGACAUUGGGAAGAGGGCGCCCACGUACCUGAAGGAUCUGAUUGGCCGACUGUCAGCCUUCUCGGAUGAGCCGCGUGUGGCGGGCCUGGUGGGAUUAGUGGUAACCGUGGUGAUGGACAUGGCUUACACAUCAUCGAAACCGUCAUCAAGCGGGAAAGGGAAGUCAGGGGGGUCGUCAUCAUCCCAGAGAGUCUGGGAGCUUCAGGAGGUGAUGGAGGAGUACCUGAAGCGAUGCAGGAUCAGCCUGAGCGAUAAAAGCAGACUCAUCCAGGACUCAGUCAGACUGGAGGCUGAGCUCAGCCUGAUCCUCACCCAGCUAAAGACCUGUCUCCUGGGGGGAGACUGCGACUCCAGGUCUCUGAGGCACUGGGCCAGCGGAGCAGCGUUUCACACACACAUGUUGGUUCACCUGGCAGGUCUGGAGGGCAAGGCUGAGCCCCUCGCUGCAAGGGCAGCACUGGAGCAGUACAAGGAAGACCUGGCACAGAUCAUACCCGCUUACAGGCGAUAUAAGUCUAGUACGAUAUGUGUCGUGAAAUGUCGAGGGGGGCUUCUGGAAACAUCUGACCCUUCUGGAGAGUUGCCAGAGGAGGGUGCGAUGACGGGACUCAACGUGACAGACAGAGAGACGGGAAAGAGUGUGACCAUCCCUCUGUGUGGCAUGGAGGCAGAGACAGGGAGAAGAAUGAGAGACGCCGCCCCUGCAUCGUCCUCUUCUGUGAACCUGGACCUGAUCACCUCGGACCAGUACGCCCAGGCGUACCUGGACCGCCUGUUCUCUGACAAGGGGCCCGUGGCUGAGCUGGAGAACUACUUUACCAGAGCUAGUGAGAGUCUGAGAACGUUUAGGGCUGGACUAGGAUGCACAAAGAAGACAGGGAUGACAAAGCAAGUAGAAAAUGAAGGACUUUUUCUUACAGACCAGGCAGGAGCGAUGAAUGAAGGAAAAAUAGCAGGCGAGGGGGAGACGGAAAGGGGAGGAAGACGAGGAGAGGCGGAGGAAUGUAAUCAAAGAAAUGAAAGUUUGAGAUUGAGUAUUGUUGAGACGCAGCCGGAGCAAAGCCUCGAUCACAGUAACCGAGGGGCAUCAAGCGCAUAAAAGCACAGCAGCCGUCUCCAACAAUGUCCGUCCACUUCUGAAGAGAGACAGACAAACAUGGAACGGUUGAGCAAUGUUCUUGUCAUUCAGGGUGCUGAACACUGGUCUCCCUGACUUGUCUGUCGUGCUUUGUGAACAGGCUGGUUUCUGUUUGAACUUGUUUGAUUAAGUGUCCACAGGUUAUAACAACAGUUCUUGGGUUGCCUAUUAAGCUAAAUACAUGGCAGCUUAUUAUCAGUUGCACAACACAUAACAACAACCAUUAUAAAGUUAGAACAGAUGAACAACUAGAGCCAAAACAACCGGCUUAGUUACAGCCAGGCUGUAACCUGUUUAAAUGGGAUUAGUUCAUUUUUGAUUCAGAGACACAAACAGAAUAAAGGGCACCAACACUGAGCAGUGCAGAAUUUCUAACAAAAACAAGAAACUUGCUAAAAUAUUUGUGACGAGGACCUCGGUAAGAAAAUAUAAAUGUGGGACCCAAGCAGUAAACAGAGCUAAACACUUUGAGAACUAAAAGGUGAGCUUUGAGUAUCCUGUCGAGUAGACGGGUCAGAUAUGUUUAGAAAUCAGGCAUGAAGAACAUCUCACACGUGUGCACGCUCACUGGCUGCGCAGGAUCCGGCUCCGCGCCGAACACAGUCUGUCACAGAGAUUUUUGUGUGUCGGGCACACAGCCACGUUUCCUUGGAAAAUUCGGAGAGAGUUCACCAUUCACUGGUUCUUAGGAUUUUUAGUACAUAAUGAAUAUAACUGUACGUCUGCAGCUGCCAGUUACGAGCCAAAGCAUCACGGAGACAUGGAUGAGAAUCAGCUGCAGUCCAUGUGCCAUGUGCCCCAACUUACAGGACAGGUCUGCCACCAUAAGCAGAGGGUGCACACUUGCAAAAAAGAAAAAUGGUCAUCUGUCUGAAUUGUGAAGUCCAUAUUUGGACAUGCAGUCGCCAUAUUUGAUGAUGCGAGUCUUGAGGUCUUAGUCACAGCUUCUGCUGAACUGCCCUUAACUUCCCUCAUCGUCUGGGACUCAUACAGAUGCAGUCUCUUUGGUUUCUUAACACCAGAACACUUUGCAUGUUUCUACUAUAAAUGUUCACCGUUUACUCCUACGUGAUCCCACCUUAACGAAAUAAACUUGUACGUUUGUGACAGCUGAAAA